AUGUCGCCAUCUGCGAACCGAAACCACCGUGCGUGGUGGAAAGAGUGCUCGGUGUAUCAGAUCUGGCCGGCAUCAUUCAAGGACUCGAACGAUGAUGGAAUCGGGGACAUUCCUGGAAUUAUCUCUCAGCUCGACUACAUCAAGGACAUUGGGGUCGACAUUGUCUGGCUGUGCCCUUCAUACAAGUCCCCGCAGGUCGAUAUGGGCUAUGACAUUGCCGAUUACUACAGCAUUGCCGACGAGUACGGCACGGUCGCAGAUGUUGAGAAGCUGAUCCAAGGAUGUCAUCAGCGUGGAAUGAAGCUUCUCAUGGAUCUGGUGGUUAACCACACUAGCGACCAGCAUGAGUGGUUCAAACAGUCCCGAAGCUCGCGAGAUAGCGAAUACCGUCAAUGGUACAUUUGGAAGCCUGCAAAGUACGAUGAGCAAGGCAACCGCCAUCCUCCAAAUAACUGGGUUUCUCAUUUCCAAGGUAGUGCUUGGCAGUAUGAUGAACUCACGGACGAGUAUUACCUUCAUCUGUAUGCCACCGAGCAGCCAGAUCUUAACUGGGAGCACCCCCCAGUGCGCAAGGCGGUCCACGAUAUUAUCCGUUUCUGGCUGGACAAGGGAUGCGAUGGCUUCCGAAUGGACGUCAUCAACUUCAUCAGUAAAGAUCAACGAUUCCCUGAUGCACCCGUGAAAGACCCACGAACCCCUUGGCAAUGGGGAGACAAAUACUAUGCCAACGGGCCUCGUCUGCACGAGUAUUUGCAAGAAAUUGGCAAGAUUCUCAAAGAAUACGAUGCUUUCAGCGUCGGUGAAAUGCCUUUUGUCAAAGAUGAGACAGAAGUGCUUCGAGCUGUGCAGUUCGAUCGCAACGAGAUCAACAUGAUCUUCAACUUCGAGCAUGUGGACAUUGACCACGGAGAGUUCGAUAAAUUCGAACCUGGUAGUUGGAAGUUGACUGAUCUGAAGGACUUUUUCCAGCGAUGGCAGACCUUCAUGUAUGAGAAUGAUGGUUGGAAUGCUCUCUAUUGGGAGAAUCAUGAUCAGCCACGGUCGAUUGAUCGAUACACCAAUGCCGAUGAGAAGCACCGUGUUAUCGCGGGCAAGAUGUUAGCAGUUGCAUUGGCCCUGCAGUCUGGCACACCGUUUAUCUACCAAGGUCAAGAGCUAGGAAUGCGGAACGUCCCUGCUAGAUGGAGCAUCGAAGAGUACAAGGACAUUGACUGUCUCAACCAUUGGAAUAGAUUGAUCAAGAACAAGCACUUCGACACGAACGCCCAGCAAAUUGCCCUUCAAGAGUAUCGGAAAAAGUCCCGCGACAAUGCACGCACUCCUGUUCAGUGGACUGAUGCACCCAAUGGUGGCUUCACAAGUCCCAAAGUUAGGCCUUGGAUGUCCGUGAACGAUGACUACGUUCGAGUCAAUGCCGCAGCAGCAGUCAAAGAUCCCAACUCCAUCUACCACUUCUGGGCAUCUGUGCUGAACCUGCGCAAGAAGCACCUGGACCUUUUUGUUUACGGAGACUGGAAGAUCGUGGACGCCCCAAGUCAGGAGGUCUUUGCAUAUACUCGCCAGUACGAGGACCAGAAGGCUCUGAUUCUGUGCAACUGGACUGAGAACAAUGCCACUUGGGAUGCGCUGAGCAAUGGAAUUUGUGCCGUCAAGAGCGUUCUGUUGAAUAACUACGAGCGAUCGGCUGAGGCAUCGAAGCGUUUCUCUGGAGGGAAAUAUGCCCUCCGACCUUAUGAGACGUUUGUGCUCCUUGUGUAG